UUGGAAAAAGUUUUUUAUGUUAAAAAUUAAAUUAAUUAAGUUUUAAAGAAGAUAUAAUAGCUUCUAUGAGCUGCUUACCUUUUGUAAAACAGCUUUUCAAGUUUGGACGAAAAAUAAGCACUAUGGCUUUAAAAAUGAAGACAACCAACUACAAUGCUUUGAAUUGCGAGAAGAAUUCCUACUAUUUUCCUGCAUCCAUUGACUCUGAAAUCGAUAACCAGCUAGCAGGAUCUUAUUCUUCAUCAUUUACGUCUGGAUUUGUUUCGCCAGGAUUGUCUGAAGCAUCAUGUGAUGACUUCGCAAAUUUUGAGAAUAAACGUGGAAAAGAGAAUGACAUUAGUUUUUGCUUUAACUCAUUCAAUCUUGAUGAAAAAUCGACAGCAUUACCAAAGCACUGGGAUGUUCCUAAAAACUCCUUCGAUUGGGAACAAAGCAUCAAUGCAUUAUUUGAUCCAAGCUCGAAGCAGUUCAUAGAUUUUGAGAAUUUUGUCCAAUCAUCACAUGGAUUUAGUGAUUGCUCUUUAUUUUCCUACUCGCCUUUGAGUAGCUUAGAAUCAAUUUCAGAUGACCAAAAUUACAACGAUUUGUACUCCAAUGAUUUAAGUUGCCGAAUGCAGCAAGAAUGUAUUCGCCGAGAAUUUGAAAUGAAUGGAAAGAAUGUCGAUGAAGAACCAGUUGAAGAAAUAACCUUUUAUCCAUUAGCAAUGUCUACACCUUUCGUUGAACGUAAAUCUGACCAAUAUAAAUGUAAUAAUUAUAGCAACUUGAGUGAACCAACGAAGUUUGUGCCUACAAAACAGCACCAAAUGAGUGCAUUGUCAGUUCCCUUUCAACCUUAUAACAAACUUAAAGGAAAUUGUGUCGAUAUGAUGCAAAUUGACAGUAUUUAUCCUCCGUCUUACCUAGUUCCAUCAAUUCAACCUGAUAACAAUGCAAAAAAUAAGAUUCAUGGACGAAAACGUGGUCAUCAAACUCAGCCACAAAUAGUUCUUCCCAACCAACUUUCAAUGAUUAAAACGAAUAAUCCAAAUCACAAAUUUGGAACUGCUAAUACAAAGAAGAUGGAUAAGAAGAACAUGAGUAAGAAAAAGAAAUUAGAUGAUCAUUGCGUCUUCUGCAAGAAUAAUGGAGCCAAUGAAAUCAUUUACAAAAGUCAUACGGUAAAGGAUUUAAAAGGACGUGUUUUGUGCCCAAAAUUGCGUGCUUAUCAGUGCCCGAUUUGUGGUGCAGACGGUGAUCAGUCACAUACAGUAAAAUACUGUCCACAGAAGCCAAUCGUCACAAUGGAAGACCUAAAGACAUUAGAAGCAUCCAAAAAAACCUCGGGAUAUGCUUCAAGCCGCUUUUAAUUUACUACUUAUUUUUCUUAAUGUUAAGUUUACUACUUUAAGUCCGAAAACUUGAAUAUCUUUGGCGUUGAUGCCAUUUAUUUUUUUUACCUACUUAAAAAUCUUUAAUGAUUUUAAUCAUAACACAAAUUAAUUUAUGCUAUUUAUGUAUAAUUUUAAUAAUCAUAUAAUUCAAAGAAAGUGAUUAUUUUGUCACUAGAUGGAUCGAUCCUAUCAAAUAAUAUACCUCAAAUUCAGUUGUUUCAUAGAUUUUGAAGCAAACUUGAAUAUGAAACUUAUUCAUAUAGUUGUCAUAAGAACAACUAUCAUCAUUAGUUUAAUUAUGCUUAAAUGUUGUGAUAUUUCGACAUGACAUUUAAACCUUGAAACUCUUGUGAUUAAUUUAGUCUAUAAUAAUUC